CUAGGCUGGCUUGGCCGGCCACUGGGAGAGACAAGGGUGGGGAACGGGAGGUUCACGGAAGCACCCUCAGCUGGCUCUGGCUUUAGUAUUAUUGCUGCUCUUCUUCUUUAACGGGCGUGCGCGGGAUCCCCCCCCUCCGGGCCCCCUCUUUCGCUCCCGCCCAGCAGAGGGAGGGAGGCGCUGCUUUGGAAAGUGGCCGCUCUGCCGGCUGGGUGUGUCCGGGGCCGGGCAGCGACAUCGCGGUCCCUUCGGCUCGGUUCCCUCGCCCCUCGCUUCAUAUUUGCCGCAGCUUCGUGCGUAUCUUUUCUUCUCCUUUCCGUCGAGCCGUUUCUUCGCUUCGCCCGCGCCGUGUUCUGUUUUUAUUUUUGCGGGAGAUAAGCAAACGCUUGGCUGUCUUGGUGCUUCAGCCCGGCUGGUCUCAUUUCCUUCUCCCACGUUCGCCCUCCUAGUUCCUCUCCCACAGAAAGGGCCAAAUAUUUUGACAUCAAAUGAGGGCGGUUUGUCGGACCUGGUGCUCUCUGACCAUUAUUCGGUUGUGAUGGUUGGUGGGGGCGAAUCUACGGAGAGCCCCUACUUUAAUUAAGGGAUGUGAGGCUGUUCCCCUAAUGCUUCCGCCGUCAGGAAUACGCUUUUCCUUCGAAGAACUGGGCAAACAAAUGAAAGCAAGGGAAAAAGCAGGAAUACGAGUUGACCGCCUGUAUGUGGUAGUGGUGGUCCUGCUGGCCUGGGACUGAGGAGAUUCCGUUUCUGUUCCCUCCGAAACUCGUGGGUUGACCUCCAACCGGUUCCUGAAGAGGGCAAUGACUGAGUACAAGUUGGUAGUGGUGGGAGCUGGUGGUGUUGGAAAAAGUGCCCUGACGAUCCAACUCAUUCAGAAUCACUUUGUUGAUGAAUAUGAUCCUACUAUAGAGGACUCUUACCGUAAGCAGGUAGUUAUUGAUGGAGAGACUUGUUUGCUAGACAUCCUGGACACAGCAGGACAGGAGGAAUAUAGUGCUAUGAGAGAUCAGUACAUGAGAACUGGUGAAGGCUUUCUUUGUGUGUUUGCCAUUAACAACAGCAAAUCAUUUGCAGACAUCAAUCUGUACAGAGAGCAGAUUAAAAGAGUGAAAGAUUCUGAAGAUGUACCAAUGGUAUUAGUGGGAAACAAAUGUGAUUUGCCAACACGAACUGUAGAUACCAAACAGGCCUAUGAAGUAGCCAAGAGCUAUGGGAUCCCAUUCAUUGAAACAUCUGCCAAAACCAGACAGGGUGUUGAAGAUGCGUUUUAUACACUGGUGAGGGAGAUCCGUCAAUAUCGAAUGAAAAGGCUCAACAUCAAUGAAGACAGAAACCAAGGCUGCAUGGGACUCUCAUGCCUUGUGAUGUGACCAGAUGCUUGAAAAACCUGGCCAAACUACAGGCAGAAGUUGAAUCUUUUUUCUAGUUUGUUGCAUUUCAUGGUGGUGCCUGGCCAGUAUGCGGCUGCCUGUUGACAAGUGCUAAAUGUUCCAUCAGCACCAGAAGGGAAUUAUCUCCAGACAUCUACCUCUUUGUUCUGCUAAACAAGCAAAGAAAGUCUCAUCUUAUAUAUGAUGACAUUUUUCCUCCUCUCUUUCUCGAGUAGGUUCAAGCAGAGGACACUGAUUAUGUGUGAAAUUGUAGAGGCCAAAUACUAUGAGAGGAUACCUUUUUCUGGCAGAAAAUCUGAAGCAAGUGGUGAUCAGACUGUACUGCAAAGUCAUUCCUUAGCACUGUAUGGCAAUGCUGUGCUUGACUUCCUGUACAAAGUUUUCAGACAGGGAAGUACUUGCCAUGUGCCUUUAUACUGUGUACCUAAAAUGGUCCUAUAGCACAUCAACUUACUGCACUUACCUUGGCCUGUUGAGCCCUUGGCUUCUUUAUAAGAAAGUAUACAAUUGUUGGCAACCAAGUGCCUAGGAGCAAAGUAAGCCAGAACUUAGUCUUGUCCUAGCAAGUUGCAGUUCUGCUUCUUCGCUGGACCAUCUCGAACAUCUGAAGCUGCCCCAAACGGUUGGUCUGUCUAACCCAGUGCUGUCAUCUCUUGACUGGAAGUGGUUCUCCUGUUUCCUAGCUAUUCUGUGUGAACCUUACAAACUGGACUUGCUAGGGGUUUAAUGUGGAAUCUUCUGAAUGUAGAGCAUGAAUUCCCCAUUUCUAACCCCUCUCACUAGCCCCCCCCCCAUUAUUAAUGCACAAGGACUUCUCUUCACAACUGACUGAAAAGCACUUUGAUCUACAAGGCUCUAUGUGGGAGACUAGCAGCCAACUGUUAUUCUCCAGUGUUAAAUACAUUCCAUUUAGCUUUUCGGCUGGGCUCGAAACCAUUGGUGCCUCCCUAUCAAGGCCAGUUGACAGCUGUGGAUGCUACGAGUACCAUCUUCUCCAGUGCUUAGUAUAAAUCCUGCCUCUGCGAGGGCCACGUAGGGAACAGUGAGCUGUCCCAGCUAUCCACGCACUUCUGGUUUUUAAUAAAAUGUCUUUAUAUGUUUUUAUCAGGCACAGCCUUUUUAUUCUUAGUCUGUGAAAAAAGUGCACUUCAUUACCAUUAUUGACUCUGAGUGCUCUCUCCAGGUCGCUGGUGUGUAACUAAGCGAGAGGUAAAGGCAGAACAAAAUUGUGAGGAUAGGGAAUGAAUUCAAUAGUUGAUAUCAGUUCAGGGAAAAUGUUUAUUUCCAUUAUACAUUCAACUUUACAAACUUUGGAACUGGAUUCUUCAUUAUACUGUGUUCUCCUAAGCUUUUAUUCUCUGUUCAAAUGACUAUGAGCUGUGGGUUUUCCUGUAUUGCUGGGAUGUAACUGAAUAAAUAACCACUAUUUAUCGGAAAUAUGUAAGAUUUAUGUAUGUGUACCACUGUCUUAUUACUGAUGUAGAAAUGAAUGUGCAAACUGCCUCCAUUCAAAAUGGCAACGCUUAAAAUGAAAUGAGGCGACAUAAAAGCUCUCUGUGAUGAGCGUUUCACAAAUUCUAUCAUUUGUUGUUGCAGUUACUAGCAUUCAUGAUUCUUACUAAGCUGAUCCCAGCUUGCAGCAGAAGCAGAGUUCAAGAUCAUAUGUGCUUUACUGGUGAUUUUGUUAUAAUACCAUGUCAUGUUCUAAGGCAGAAGAAAAACAGCUAUGUAAUCACCAACUGAAAUUGAUGAUGGACCAAUGGUGCCUAAACGAUCUUUGCUCUUGCUUCAUACGAUUGUUAUUUGAGACAAAUCUUUGUCUGUUAGUUUCAAAUGGUUUUACUUAGAGCAGUGCAUUCUUAAGGAAGGGUUGUUAUAUGCCUUACCUCUUGUUAAACUGUUAGAACCUGAAUCCAGGCCUGGUUUCACAAAGCUCUCUAUAGCAAGAAUAUGACCUGACUUGAGCAAUAAAGUGGGUAUGUAUGUAUGUCUA